ACGUAUUUUCACCUAAACCGUCUUCCUCUGUCUCCAACCCAUUCCAAUCAUGAACCCGUAAACAGACGCAAUUCUAUGCCCUAACAGCCGUGAAAAACCCUAAAUUAUCAUUGCAAUGUCUUCAAUUGAUUUAAUUUUUCCUAAUUGAAUCUCCAACCAAUACUAUCCUCAAAUUCCUCCUUUUUGCCCCUGAAAUUGGUUCAAUAUGGAGGCUUUGAAGGACUACUCUUCAGAAAUUUUAAUCGGAAGUUCCAUGGAUUCGUUUCAAAAGACAAUGGAGUCUCAAAAGCAGCUUUUCCAUAGUCAGAUCGAUCAACUCCGCAGUGUUGUCAUUACUCAGUGCAAACUAACCGGCAUUAAUCCUCUAUCCCAAGAAAUGGCAGCUGGUGCUUUAUGUAUAAAUAUUGGGAAAAGACCUAGGGACCAGCUAAAUCUUAAGGCUUUGAAAUAUAUGCAAGCUGUUUUUUCUAUCAAAGAUGCUAUUAGCAAAAAGGAAGCUCGGGAGAUUGGUGCUCUUUUUGGUCUAACAGUCACACAGGUUAGGGAGUAUUUUGCCAGUCAGCGUUCUUGGGUGAGGAAAAUGGUUCGGCUGUCGAGAGAAAAAGCUAUUAGGGCUGGCACAGAUAAGGAACUACAAGAUGGUGUAACUGCUGAUUCUGAUCUUAUGCUACCCAUAAACCCUACUCCAUUGACUACUGUUGGUCCGUCUGAUGCUGAGGAAGCAUCUUCUUCUUCAAACCAGGACGAAGUCUUGCCAGGACUAGGCGAGUCUGAAAGAAAAUUUGUUGAAAAUAUAUUCAGCUCUAUGUGUAAAGAAGAAACUUUUUCGGGCCAGGUGAAAUUGAUGGAGUGGAUUUUGCAGAUGGAAAACCCUUCAGUAUUAUGCUGGUUUUUGAUGAAAGGUGGUGUCAUGAUUCUGGCUACUUGGUUGAGCCAAGCUGCCAAUGAAGAACAAACUAGUGUCAUUUCAGCUGCUCUCAAGGUUCUUUGCCAUUUACCCUUGAAUAAAGCUCUUCCUGCUCACAUGUCAGCAAUACUCCAAGGUGUCAACAAAUUGCGGUUUUACCGAAUACCAGAUAUCUCAAACAGGGCCAGAGUUCUAUUGUCAAAGUGGAGCAAAAUGUUCGCCAAAAGCCAAGCUUUAAAAAAACCUAAUGGCACUAGAGCUGCUGGUGAUAUCGACCUGACUCAAAGGAUUGAUGAACUUGUUGGAGAUGAUUUAUGGCCGUCUUCUGUUGAUGACCCUGAUUCUGUGUUAGUUCCAUCUUGUGUGGAUCCAAAUAAUACCAGGAAAGGGGAAUUUGUCGAAGCAGUGAAGCUGCUAACUGCACCUUCUGAUGAAUCUAAUAAGAAACUUAUGCUAGGGACUUCGGCUGCUCAUAAUAAAGAGCGUAGAAAGGUUCAGCUUGUUGAACAACCCGGCCAAAAAACAAAUAGCAAAAGCCAUAUUGUAAAAGCAGUGCCUACCAAUAAAAGGCGUCCUAUCACUGCGGAUGAAAUUCAAAAGGCAAAAAUGCGCGCGCAAUUUUUGCAGAGUAACAAAACGAAAACGGAUGGUCCUAAAAGACCUUCGUUACUCACAAGUGAUUUUCUCUCGGCAUCAGAAGCGUAUCUUAGGCCUAAGCUUGAAGCACAGAAAAAAACUUGGUUGCAUCCUCGGUCGAGUAGUAAACAGGUGAAUAGUUCAUCUGAUCAAAAGCUUGCUUUGGAUCAGAAGUCAGCUUUUGAUCAGAAGGAACAUUUGCUGGAAAAGUGCCGAAGGGUUGAAAUCCCUUGGCGGGCACCCCCAGAAAUUCAAAUUACAUCACAAGUUAGCACAGGAGAAAGCAGUAAGGAGUUAGAAAUCCAGAGGAACCGAAUCCACCGAGAAAAGGAAACCGUGUACCAAACGCUUCAAGAUGUCCCUUCUAAUCCUAGGGAGCCCUGGGAUAUCGAGAUGGACUACGAUGAUUCCUUAACCCCGGAAAUACCCAUCGAGCAGUUACCAGAAGUCGAUGAGGAUGCUUCAGUGGAUUGUCAUGUACCCGAACCUGAACCUUCAACCUCGACACAAGCUGAACCCGAUCUUGAACUUUUAGCUGUUUUGCUUAAAAACCCGGAAUUGGUUUUCGCUUUAACAUCGGGCCAAGCCAGUGGGCUGUCUAGUGAAGAUACUGUGAAGCUCCUGGACAUGCUCAAGUCAAGUGGAGGGGCCGGGUUGUUGAAUGGACAAACCUUUGUGAAGCCCGAGCAGGCAAGGAUUGAAGUUUCGCUUCCUUCGCCUACCCCUAUUACGAGAAAUAAUGUUGAAGUCUCUCUUCCGUCUCCUACCCCACUGAGCAGAUUCGAGGUUUCUCUUCCCUCCCCGACGCCUUCUACCAAUCCUGGGCCGAGUGGAUGGACAGCAACACAGGCUGCAAAGAACCCGUUUACGCGACAUACAAUCGGAGUUCAGGAUAGUAUUACAUCGGUUCCUGUCGUUACAACUGCUGUUGUUACUUCAGAUAGAUCUCAGACGAGCAGUAGCUUGCGGUCGCAGCCAUCUUUGCCGCUAAACCUUCCUUCUCAACCUCAUUUUUCGGUUCCACCACCGUCUAUCAUACAUGAGUCUCACCCUGCUUAUCUUCCCCCUACCGUAAACCAUAAUCUCGCGACCAUCAACUCUUCGGUCCCUUCAUAUUCACAGCCGACACCUACACUUUCGCGGUCACAAAUGCGUUUGUACUCGCGAGAGUAUGUACCGGAGCCUCGAGUUACUGAAGAUAGUGAUAUGUGGAUGGUAAAUCCUAGGCAUGGUUUGUCUUAUAAUGUGCCUUUUUCCUCUAAUUGUGUUGAUCAAAAUGUAUAUAAUCAAACUAUGAAGAUUGGACAACCAGGCCCCACAAGAGGGGAUGGUCAUUACAGGGUUGGUCACAAGGGGUACGAAUCGUGGAGUCCCGAGAAUAGUCCUGGGCCAAUAAGCUACCCGCCUGAGCAUCAUCAUGCGCAUGGGCGUGGGUGGAAUCGCGAGGAUGCAGAGAGGGGAUAUGGGCACCCUGAUAGAGUUAGUAGGCAUCAGAAUUGGCAUGGUGUCGGUGGUGUUAAUCGGAGAUGGAAUAAUGGUGAGAGGAGGCGGUAGCGAAAGUGUGUUGGGCCCGCAUGUACAACUUUGUUAUUCUGUGCAUAGCAAUGGAAAUUGUGUCGUGCUGGACCAUUUAUGUGUAUCGUGUCUCGUGUUACAUUGUACCGUGAAAAGUUUCAUGUCGUGUUGCUCUCUGUCGGGGCGGGCAACGUAACUCCCGGCCUACUUCAAUCUCUAGAGUACAUAAAGGAUAUUAAUAUUUCACACCAGAGAAAAAGGUUGGGCAAGGAGAAAGCUUUUGUAGGAUAACGAAUAUUGGAAUUGGUAGAUGUAGAAAAAUUUAUUUGAUUAGGAAAGUCAUCAAUUGUUGUAAAGGAAUCAUCUAACUGAGCAUCCAACCCAAAGAAACUGAAGAAAAUAGUUAGUUUGAGUUUU